UGUCAACGCACAGAACUGUCAAAUAGUAGUGAUUUUCGUUUUUGCAUUUAUCACGUAAACAUAAAAUUUAUUAAAAAUGCCUGCCGGACCCUCAACAAUGGACGGGCUACGUGAAAAAGCCUUCCAGGACUACAGAAAGAAGCUGAUGGAACAUAAAGAAGUGGAAUCUAGGCUGAAAGAAAUGAGAGAUAAACUAAAAGACAUUACCAAACAGUAUGACAAGAGUGAGAAUGACCUGAAAGCUCUGCAGAGUGUCGGUCAGAUUGUUGGAGAAGUGCUGAAGCAGCUUACUGAAGAGAAAUUCAUUGUGAAAGCAACAAAUGGUCCUCGUUAUGUGGUUGGGUGCCGCAGACAGCUGGACAAGCAGAAGCUGAAGGGAGGCACCAGGGUCGCCCUGGAUAUGACCACACUUACCAUCAUGAGGCAUUUACCCAGAGAGGUCGAUCCUCUAGUAUACAACAUGAGCCACGAAGACCCUGGUGAUGUCACAUACUCCGCUAUUGGAGGUCUGCAGGAACAGAUUCGACAGCUAAGAGAGGUGAUUGAGUUGCCACUGAUGAACCCCGAGCUGUUUGUCCGCGUGGGCAUCACUCCGCCCAAGGGCUGCCUGCUGUACGGGCCGCCCGGCACCGGGAAGACCCUGCUCGCCCGGGCUGUGGCCUCACAGCUUGACGCUAACUUCUUGAAGGUGGUAUCGUCGGCCAUAGUCGACAAGUACAUCGGCGAGUCGGCGCGGCUCAUCCGAGAGAUGUUCAACUACGCGCGCGACCACCAGCCCUGUAUUAUAUUCAUGGACGAGAUCGAUGCUAUUGGUGGACGUCGUUUCUCCGAAGGUACAAGUGCUGACCGUGAGAUUCAGCGUACAUUGAUGGAGUUGCUGAACCAGAUGGACGGGUUCGAUUCCCUGGGACAAGUGAAGAUCAUCAUGGCCACUAACCGACCUGAUACCCUGGACCCUGCUCUCCUCAGACCUGGUAGACUGGACAGGAAGAUUGAGAUUCCAUUGCCUAAUGAGCAGGCUAGAUUAGAAAUCCUAAAAAUCCACGCGGCGCCCAUAGCUAAGCACGGCGAGAUGGACUACGAGGCGGUGGUCAAACUGUCGGAUACAUUCAACGGGGCUGAUCUUAGGAACGUCUGCACGGAAGCCGGACUGUUCGCUAUACGUGCCGAGAGAGAGUAUAUUAUUCAGGAGGACCUAAUGAAGGCUGUCCGCAAGGUGGCCGACAACAAGAAGCUGGAGAGCAAACUUGACUACAAGCCUGUCUAAAUAUUUAUACCCAUUAUUGUAAUUGUGUAUCUCCGUUUUACUUACUAAUAUAGUUAUAUUGCCUUUGUA